GAGCCCAAAUUCGACAAGCUGCGUAGCUUCUGCCAGGUAGCUCACACCCACGGUUAUAAGCUCGCCUGGGCAGACAUGUGCUGCAUCGACAAAACGAGCAGCGCAGAGGUUUCGGAGGCCAUCGCCUCCAUGUUCUAUUGGUACCGCACUGCCGACGUCUGCUACGCCUACCUCAAGGACGUACCUUCCUCUGUGCAGCCUCUGGUGUCACCCGAGAUCGUACUGCUAUCGAGCGAAUGGUUUCGGCGCGGCUGGACGCUUCAGGAACUCCUCGCUCCUCGCUCCCUCAUCUUUCUCUCGUCCGACUGGCGGGCUUUCGGCACGAAGAGCUCUCUCGCGAACUACAUCAUGUCGAUCACGCACAUCCCCACAGCGGUUCUCAUCCACGAGCAGAGUGUCCACUCCGUCAGCGUGGCUCAGAGGAUGUCGUGGGCCGCAGGAAGACACACCUUGCGGCCGGAAGACCAAGCGUACUGUCUCAUGGGC